AAUACGUUGACAAUGUUGAAGAAAAAGCGCGUGAAACUACGGAGCUUGCGGAUGAAGAAAGCGGACCAUCGCGGCAACUCUCAUCUUUUUUGGGGGCCAAGUUUCCUCGCCGCUGUUUUCCGGUUUCUCUAAUGAAGGAUAACGCAAAUUAUCCACUUCGAGCUGCAGCAGCCCCGUGGACGGAGACAGAGCAAGUCCCGGCGGGCCUUCAAGCGCCCCUGGCAGUCGCCACAGCUGGAGUCCGAGCAACAUGGAGGUGCUGAACGGGGUCAGCGUGUCCGCGCGCAACAACUUCAAGCGGUUACUGCUGGAAAAGGGUUGUCCCAAGGGCGGCGAGAGGCGCAUGUCGGCCGUCGAGCAGCUGAUGGCCUCCAAGGGGCAGUUCAGUCCGACCCCCAGCCGGCUGGCGCCCCAGCAAACGACGACGCUGCACCACAGUCUAAACCGGCGGCGCUACCGACACACGGACGUCCUCUCGACCACCAUCGCCGAGGAGUCGGAGCCGCAAGGGGCGCACAAACACAUCACUGCCUCCUACCUGCAGCACCGCAUCGACCAGAUGUGCCUCUCGCCACGCUUGUCCGCCUCUCCUCGCAUGCCCAUCAUCACCAGCAAGCCCCUCAGCCCAUCCAAAAUGUCCCUCGAGACCUCUCUGAAGGCUCAAAGAAGGCAGCAGAGAGGCGCUUUUUUCUAUUUAUUUAAAGUGGAUGUGAAUAUUUAUAAAUUGGUCCACUGAAUAUAAAAUUUAUUGAAAAAUUAUUCAUGCAAGAUUAUAAUUAUUGAAGUCAUUUAACUUUGAAAUAAAAUUAAUUUCCAAAUAAAUAAAUUCAAAAACUAUAAUGACACUUUUA